CAAAAACUCAUGCCCACACAUAAAGCGGAAUAAAUUUACACUUUUCUCAAAAACGAAUUUGAAGGCGCUCUUCCAUUUUCGGACAGUUUAGAAAUAGCAUUGCAGCGGCGGCGCGCAGAGUCCGAAAAUGGGAGGCGGCGGCGGAGGGAGAGGACGAUCUCGUACUCAGAGAAAGCAUUUCAAGCAGAGCAGAGAGAACGUUUGGAAGCGCCCCAAGUCCGAUCCUUCCUCUGAAGACAACAACAACAAUGGAAAUGAUAAUAGGGAUCCGCAUUGGCAGCCCUUCGCCACUCAAAACGCAGCUUUCGAUGAAUACUAUAAGGGGCAAGGGAUAGUGUCCGAAGAAGAGUGGGAUUCAUUUAUGGAAGUGCUUCGAAAACCAUUGCCUGCUGCUUUCAGAAUCAAUUCGAGUAGCCAGUUCUGUGAUGACAUCCGAUCACAGUUAGAGAAUGAGUUUAUGAAAUCUCUUCAAUCUGAGGUCACUAAUGGCGAAGAAGAUGCUAUUAGACCAUUGCCUUGGUACCCUGAGAAUCUUGCUUGGCACUCAAAUUUUUCCCGCAUGCAGCUGAGGAAGAACCAAACUCUUGAGAAGUUCCACGAGUUCUUAAAGUUAGAAAAUGAAAUUGGAAACAUUACAAGACAGGAGGCUGUCAGCAUGGUACCUCCUCUCUUCCUGGAUGUAUGUCCGGAUCAUUUUGUACUUGACAUGUGUGCUGCACCAGGGUCAAAAACAUUCCAGCUGCUUGAGAUUAUACACCGAUCAACCAAAGCAGGAUCACUGCCUAAAGGAAUGGUUGUAGCAAAUGAUCUUGAUGUCCAAAGAUGUAAUCUUCUCAUCCACCAAACAAAAAGAAUGUGCACUGCCAAUCUGAUAGUCACAAAUCAUGAAGCUCAACAUUUCCCUGGCUGCCGUUUGAACAGAAAUUGCUCUAGUUCUUCUGAAGGAGGAAUGGGAUUUCAGCAAAGUCUUAGUCAACUUAUCUUUGAUCGUGUCUUAUGUGAUGUUCCCUGCAGUGGAGAUGGUACCCUCCGCAAGGCUCCAGAUAUCUGGAGGAAAUGGAAUUCAGGAAUGGGCAAUGGGGUCCAUUGCCUACAAGUUCAGAUAGCCAUGCGAGGUAUAUCUUUGCUUAAAGUUGGUGGGAGAAUUGUGUACUCAACUUGCUCAAUGAAUCCAGUAGAGAAUGAAGCUGUGGUUGCUGAGAUUUUGCGGAAGUGUGGAGGGUCUCUUGAACUUGUUGAUGUCUCCGGUGAGCUUCCUCAACUUGUUCGUAGGCCAGGAAUUAAAAAAUGGAAGGUACGUGACAAGGGCACCUGGUUUGUUUCCUACAAAGAUGUCCCCAAGUACCGCAGGAGUGUGAUAGUUCCCAGCAUGUUUCCUUCUGGCAGAUGCUAUGUUGAGUCAACUGAGAAUAACCAAGAUGUAGAAUUGGGAGAAAAGCAUGAGAAUGGUGGUGAUGGAAAUCCUGAAGAGGGGAUUCAGCAGUCGGAGGAUCCUGUAGCUCUAGCUGACGAAUUGGAUGAGGAGGUUUCUAAUUUUCCCCUUGAACGUUGCAUGAGGAUAAUGCCUCAUGAUCAAAACAGUGGGGCCUUUUUCAUUGCGGUCUUCCACAAACUUUCUCCUCUUCCAGCCAUGCAGGAGAAACCCAAUAGUCUGCAACUAGAUGAUAAGCCAUGUGUAAACUUAUCGAAUCAGAUUGUUGAAGAUACAAAUGGAUUGGAGGUUGUUUCAGCAGAUGGUACAGAUGAGAAACUUUCAGGCGCAGCUUCAGAGGCUGAUUUAAUAGAUAAUGAGACAGAGGGGGCUGCUGUUGAACCUGAUACUUGCAUUACGUGUGAAGAGCAUAAUUCAGAGGAAGCUGAAGCACCUGGUCAUAGGGAAACUGAUCCUAAGAAAGCUGGAGGUAAAAGAAAGUUGCAGACUCAAGGCAAGUGGAAAGGGGUUGACCCUGUCGUUUUCUUCAAAGAUGAAGCUAUUGUAACUAGCAUAAUGACAUUCUACGGUAUUGAUGAUUCCUUUCCAUUAAAGGGGCAUCUUGUCACAAGAAACAACGAUACAAAUCAUGUGAAGAGAAUUUACUAUAUCUCAAAGUCAGUUAAGGAUGUUCUUGAAUUGAAUUUCUCAGUCGGGCAGCAACUUAAGAUAACGUCCAUUGGCCUGAAGAUGUUUGAACGACAAACAUCCAGAGAAGGUAACUCCGCACCAUGUUCAUUCCGGAUAUCCUCUGAAGGAUUACCAGUACUUCUCCCCUACAUCACCAAACAAAUCCUAUAUGCAUCCCCAGUGGACUUCAAGCAUCUUCUGCAAUAUAAAACUAUUAAAUUUGCAGAUUUUGUUGAUGCUGAAUUCGGUCAUAAGGCAUCAAACCUAAUGCCUGGUUGCUGUGUGAUAGUUUUGAGCAGAGGUAGCAAUGCCUCGAUGGAUCAAACCCAAGUAGAUGAGUCAAUAGCAAUUGGGUGCUGGAAGGGUAGGGCAAGUUUAUCUGUAAUGGUCACUGCAACUGAUUGCCAAGAACUGCAGGAGAGGCUUUUAACGCGCAUGGGGCCUGAAAACAGCUCUUUGGUGCAGGACGAGAAACCCUCUAAUGGUGAGGCUGAUGAAGUACUGGAGAUGACUGAUGGAAAAGAAUGAGAACUCGGAAAGUAUCAAGCUUGCAACUGAGGGAAAUUAAUUUGAAGAAUUGAGUGCCUGGACGUUCUAUGUUGUACUAUAAUUGGGGAAUCUAGUGUUGGAUUUUAUCACGAUGAGUAUGUAUGGCAGUCUUUUGCCUUGCCAUAUUCCAUUUUAAAGGAAUCAAUUUAUUGCAACUAGUCACUCAGAUGUCAGAAUUUCCUUAUCCAUAUCAUGCUAAUGCAACUCUUGAGAACAAGAGAUUAUAGAUUUUUUGUUACUGAAUUUUUAAAUCGUUUUGACUUGUUUCUUCAGUGAGAAUAGUAGUUGAAGAUACUAGAAA